AUGCUCGACCCAAAUCAAUUGCUUGGCGGACUUUUGAUAAAAGACAUUAACAAAUUAGAAAAAGUUAGUGAAAACUGUUCCUUUGCUUAUCCCGAAAUUACUUUCAAGGUUAUUAAUCAAUUUAAAGAGGGUCAUGGAGAAGGCAAUGAAGGACGAUUGUCCUACCAAGAAAGUUUUUCAAAAUAUGGAAGUUAUACGCAUAUUCUAGAAAUUGAGCCAUUAGAAUUAGGAAUCGAAGGAAUGGAUUCGAUUACCAAAAUAAUUUUUCAAUUUGCUGAACCGACUCAGCGCGUCUCUUUUAAGCCACUAACAAAAUCUAAAUUGUAUAAAAGUAACAUUCUAACUGAAUCAGUAGGAAAAACUUUUACCAUGCGAGUUAAAAAAAAAACAGGAAAUGACAAUCAGCCUACUAAUUCAAUGCUAAGAAAUUCACAAAACAAGGAUUUUUUG